AUGAAAGGCAAUUACGUUGCUCUCAAAGCCGCGAAUGAUGUCAUUGUUGAUGCUGAUAGGGAGGUUGCCAGGAAAUCUGGACUGAUCAGCACACUGUUGGAUAAUUCAAAAGGGGAUGAGGAAGAGCCUAUUGCUGUCGAAAAGGAUGGCGAGAAUCUUGACGCACCAAUCCUCCGCAUGACUCUCGAUUGGUGCGAACACCACAAGAACUAUGAUACGAGCCGCAGAAUUGACUACGUCCGGACUCCGUUUUACGCACUCCCUCCCAUUGACGAAUGGGACCAGACUUUCAUGAGUCUCGACCUAGACACGCUUUUCGAAAUCACGGUAAUCCGCGACAUGUUCGGCAACCACGACAUGCCCAUCGGGGACGAGCAGCAGCCUGAAAGCCAGCCAUGGAACGCCUCACGAGUAUUCAACCCGCUCCUGCAGCUCGCCAAAUCCAUCACCGGCAGCCAGCCCGCUCGUCACUCCUCCUCCGCCACAUUCCCACCCCUCACCCCCGCCGACCUACCCGCCUCCUACACGUACAGGACCACCUGGCCCGACUUCACCUUCGUCCGCGCCCUCGUCUACCACUUCCCGCUGCGCAGCCGCCGCUUCUUCAAUGCGGGGAUACACCUGCGCGUCGCCGCGCUCGGCUGCCGCCCGUGGGUCGUUGCGCGCUGGAGCGAGAGGAGGAGUUACCGUGUCGCCACCAAUGACGAUGGUGACUUGACGGCGAGCAGCAGCAGCGGCAGCGGCAGCGGUGGCAGCGGUGACAGCAGCAGUAGCAGAAGGAGCAGCGUCGCCGGCCUGUAUCUGAGCACCGAGCCGCUGCCCAGCCCGUCGCUGGACUACGGACUGUGGCUGCCCAUCCCUCACCGCAUCGUAUUCCAGGUGCGGGUGGUGGGGCAAGGGUGGGUGAGGGAAGGUGGAGCAAAGGACGUGUUGGACGGGCAGCACGCGUGGUUUGAAGCGAGCAUUCUCACACCGGUGAUCGGGUUCGCAGGGCUGGCGACGGAUGGCGCGACGCUGCAGGAUGUGAUGGCUGGCGAUACGUGGGAGACGCCGGUGCAGGCGAGGGGAGCGCUGAUGAGGCAGGGGUGGGAUUUUGUGGAGAGGGAGGAUGGGGGUGUGGUUUGGAAGGUGUGUAAUAGCGUGACAACGAGUGGCAGGUAUCAGGAUUGCAAGGUGGAGUGGAAGAGGGGGGUGGAGAUGCAGGUGGAAGAUGAAAGUGCGGCGGGGAAGGGGGAUGGGUUCCUAGAGACGCUGACGUCGAGUUAUAAUGUUGUGUUGUGGGCGAGGGCCGAGCACAAACAUCGGGAGAACAGGGUUGGAGCGGCCGCGAUUGAAAUCGAGUAUGAGUUUCCUCCUCCAGGAACUACACGUCAUGACGGUUCACCGCUCUAG